GAAUAUUUUAAUCGUGACAGUAAGUCGUUCAUGAAACAUGGCCAACCUGUCUGUGUGUGCAACCAUGAUGAUGGUGAUUCUGAUGCUUGGGGAAAGCAGUUCAAGUAAAUGCUGCACAACAUAUGAUCCAAUUAGACCCCCCAGAAAAGCACUGAUAUAUUACAUCGUUCAAGAUAUAACAGAGUUAUGUCACAUCAGAGCCAUAAUUUUCCAAACAGUAGUACCUAAAAAACAAGGAAUGGGAACUAAACUGCUGUGUGCAAACCCUGUCAGCGAUUGGGUGAUUAGGGCCAUGGAAACUGUUCCACACUAUGAUCAGUGGAAGAAGAAAAUUAUCUGAACUAAUAUUUUGGGUUCUUAUUGGUCAGUUAAUCUUUAUUAUAACUUAUUUUAAGACUAAAUGAUAACUAUGUAAGCAGCAGUUCUUUUCUAACAUCAAAGUGCAAAUGUUUGUUGUGGGCUGCUCUCAGUAUGUCAUGGUGAGGUUUGAGAGAGGGUCCAUUUCUAGGUCAAGAAACCCCAACAUAAAAAUUACAAGAAUCUUACGCCUAAUCAUAAAAUGCUGAAUGCUAAAAUUUAAUUAAAUUUGGAGCUAUUCCCUUGCUCACACUGUUCUGAUUUAGGAUUGGAUUUAUGCAUUGGAAAUACCCCAGUUAACAUCCCUUUUGAGGGAUAUUCCACACGUCAUUAUGCUCAAAUCUAAAAAACGUGUUUUAUGUUGCCCCAAAUAAUGGUCAUUAUUUAAAAUACAGUUUCAUUCUAGAGUGCAGGCUGUAAAUGCCAGGGUUAUGGUUAUUAUGAACAUCGGAUCAUUUGAGUGAUCGGCCUCAGUCAUAAUAUCAUAGUUAAAACAUGUUUUUAAUAGUUUCUUCACAUCUGAUUGCACAUUCCAAUUCUCCUGUGGUUCUUGAACACUGGAAUUUCUCCUUUGGGAUCUAUAAAGGUUAUCUUAUCUUAUCAAGUCUAUUUUAUGUUAA